CAACGAGUGCGUCAACUGAUUUUAUCCUCUCUCUCUCGUUUCCCAUCGGAUACUCGCGAAAAUAUUUCGAUGGCGCUUUUUCGUUGUCAGAUCAGCGAUGGUGAUUCCCUCCCCCAUCCGACCGCCCCGCGAUACAGCGACGGACAGCGACGCCUCCGCGUGGCGUCGAUCAAUAACAUUGUCGUCGACGACACCGACGCCGAGAGCGUCGUUGCGUUUGCGAGGGAACGGCGCGACGCAAGGCGUCACGUUAUCCGCGAAAGUCGCACCGAGCGUAACUCCGCGAUCGGACCAGGAACUGCGCGCAGGAAUACGACGGGAAUGCGACUUAGGACGUCCCUAUUGCUCUCAUCAGCUGGCGAAAAACGCGCGUCCAGAAGCGAGGAGAAAUCAAGCACCGAGUUGCCGAGGUCCCACCCACGACAUGGCCAAGAACGUGGGGGAGAGUCGGAUACCUGUUCCACGGGCGGCGCGGCCGUCCUUCUUUCCGAAAUCGAGAGUGCUCGAGGCGUCGAGGCUUCUAUCGGGGGGCCGCCGGUCCACGAUCUUCUCAGGAUGCUUUCAGUUUGUUAACGCCGAGGACGAGUCCCCGACGCCGCGGGAGAAGUUCUCGGGAUUCGCGACGUCAUCGCCCAACAUUCAGGCCGACUCGGCGGCUGAUAAGACGUUCACGAUAUCACCUGUAUGGGACAUCGAUAAGAAUGAUGUGCAGGACUUGGUGCACUUCGGCGAGGAGAAGAACAGCUUGUUCAGAUUACUCGAGAGUUCUCAGCUGAGCAUGAUCGAGGAUGUCGGCGACACCUGCCUCGUGGAGUCGAACAAUUACAAUGACACAAGCGCAACGCCGCAUUACUUGAUGUUCAACAAGCAAAACUCCUUCGAGCACGACGAGAGUCUCGGAAUACUGACGCCGGACCAGAUGACCGAUUUCACAGCGGCGCUGGAGUGCUCGAGGACGCCAUCCUGCGAGAACCUCACCGGUUCGGCCGCAUCGAAGUUAGCGUUGACGCGGGCAUCCGCUUCGACGAGGCCGCUCGUGGACGUGGAACCCGCCGAGGAAGGUUGCACGGAGAGAACGCCUUCGCCGGAGGAGCUGCCGCUCGACCCUAAACCCGUGGAGCCGAUCAGGGGUGGCGCCGUGCCGGUGAGCUUCGUCACGUCGGUCACGAGCAUAACCAGUCUGGAAGCUGGUUACCAGGGGGACGGCGAGAACUCGCGACCGGCCAGUCGCGGGGCGGAUCCGCCGUCUAUGGCGGUGCCGCCGGUCAAUCUGCCGGCGCCCUGCCGCCAGGACCCGAUGACCGACUCGGACUUCUUCACCGAGAGCGACGCCGACGCGCACGAGGAGAUUGUGCGAGGCGACAGGAAAGCGCAAGUGAUAGACGGCACGCUGUUCUGCGCGCCGGGCGAGCGCGUGUGUCCGAGUUUCACCGGCGAGGAGAUGGACUCCAGCGGGAUUUACUCGGACCUGGACAAGCUGCAGGCCCCCGGCGAGCAGGAAGUGUCGGAGGAGAACGACGAUCGCAGUCCCGACACCGGCGACACCGAGCUCUCGCAAAGGAGCCAACCGUCGCCCGUCAUGGCGAACGUCAUCAUGGAUUAUCUGCAGAGCUCUCCAAAGACGUCGGACGAUACUAGUACCACAAACGAGACAAAGACCUCCGCUGAAGUGACGGCGGUCGAAAAAGUCGAGAGCAGUGAGAACAUUAGGCCCAAACCACAAAGCAAGGCCGAUACGGUGCCUUUGAAAAAAUACAAAAUGCCGAAGAGAAACGUCGUCUCGAAAAUUAAAGCAAUGAUCGAGUCGUCUUCGAAAGAUGACGCGGAAAAGGAGGCGAGGCGGUCGCAGAGAUCAACCAGAAAAGGCGGACGCUGGGACGCCGUGAUGAACAAGAUAGAGGCCGGCAAGAACGAGCAAAGGACGAGGCCGGCUAGGAAGGAAGUAAAGUCGAGAGUGUCGCAAACCCUCGCCUUGUCACCUUCCACGAGGCCUACGUCGAAGAAAGCUGGCGACGCGAAUAACAACAAUAAUAAGGAUAAACGGAGAAUGCGCACUUGGCAGGAAAUGAAGUCACCGACGCAGGAAACGGCCAGAAGUUCUGUUCGCAGUUCCAUGAGUGAUCUCAGCAGCGGUCCAAAUAAAGACAUGCUAAAGAGAUCACCGACAUCCACAAACCCACCUAGAAGAUUUGUCGCGAACGGCCACGCUAAUCAUCAUCCGAUCCGUGUGAAUAGUUUUGAUGUAAAAAAGAACUGCAUCGAUGUGACGGUCGAACUCGAAAAGAGCCCACCGUCAGCGCGAAAGCCAGCGAUAACGAGGAGAUUAGCCACCAAUGCUUCCGCAAAACAGAAGUCCUCCACGUCGUCGAUAAAAGAUCGUGAGUCGAAGGAGGCUCACAACACCACCUACGCGGUAAGGACGUUGGAGAAGCGGGAUCAGGCCGCGCAAACCACCGUGCCCUAUGAGGCUCUACGCGCGGAGCAAGCGGAGCGGGCCGCACAGGCGCUCGCGGUGACUGUACAAUAUCUGGCGUUCGAGCUGGACGCGUUUGCCACGCCUAAACUGAAGAAGGACUUCGAGAAGCUGAAGGCCGAGUGCGAGAAAAUGAAGAAGGAACGGUCAGCCGUGCUUUCAGAGAUCGAUGAUCUACGCGCGAGAUGCAUCGGCAUGGAGGAGAAACUCGAGGCGGAGAGGGAGGAUCACCGCAAAGCUCUGGAUCAGCUUCGCGAUGAGCUGGAAACUCACAAGGCGAAACAAGUAGCUGCGCUUGUCGAAACUCUGAAAGAGGAGAGGCGCAAGUACGAUGUCAGACUGGAAGAGGUCACGAGGGAACAUCGUGCAACAAUCGCGAAACUACGCGCCGAGCAGAUCAACGAACUGUCCCGCAAGGAGGAGAUGAGGAGGUCCGUGGUUCACGACCAAGGCGCCGCACUGAUGGCGGAAAUCGAGUCUCUGAGAUCUGUGCUCGAGCUGAAGAGCCAAGAGAACACGGCUCUUCGGUCGGAGCUGGACAAUUAUAGACGCGACAUCGAGGAGAAGGACGCUUUGCAGAUACGGCUCGACAUGGCCGAGGCCAGAUGCGAGGAUCUGAAAGCGCAACUGCAACGGAAGGACUCAUUCGAACGGCAGGUGUCGCACGAGAACGAAAUGCUUCACGAAUCAAUUCAUCAAGUUUCGAAGCACAACAAACGACUAUCUCAGCGCAACGAGGAACUACAGUGGAAGCUACGGAACAAGAACGAUUGGGUGAGUGUUCUUGCGAAUCAGCUAAACCCGCGGCUAACCCGGUCUACAGGUCCGGAACAGGAACAUACUUUUUCGCCUGAUAAAAGCGCUCAUUCAUCAUCAUCGAAUAUGAAAUUCAUGGUUGAGAAGGGCGCCUCCGUAUCUUGGACCUUGGAGAUCGACGAUCUGUCCAAGGGAAUGUCUGAUUCGUUCAGUACGUUACCGAAAGUAGGUAGAUCCUCCGAAAGCGCGACGACAGUUUCCAGGCAAGGAUCACUCCGAUUGACAUCGAACAGGCCCGUCGCGGACACCAGAGCGAGAUCGAAAAGCAUCUCCGCCACGUGUGAUUCGGCGCGAGCCGCAGUGGUAGAGGAGGCAUCCGCCGUGUGGUCGCCGUCGUUCAAUUCGACGCCAGUCCCGCGACGCCGUCCCAGAAAGGAUCAGUCGUCGCCCUGCUCGUCAUCGUCUUCGUCGUCUUCCACGUCGUCCGCGGCGUCAACCGUGAAUCCCGCGGUGGCCGCCGCGGUGGCCGCCGCAGCCGCCGCCGCGGCAGCGGACGACUGUAGCGUAGGCGGCGGUCAGAGGCCCCAGGAAGCCGGCGGGGAGGCGAUGAUAUCCGAGGAGACGUCGGCGUCUAGCAGCGAGGACGAAUCCUUCACCGGCAGCGAUAUCGCGCGCUUAGGGAUACAGUUCGCUUGGGGCAAGCCGAUCAAGUAACACUCGAGCGAACAAUUAUCGCGGCCCGCUGUCACCUGCCUACGCAUUCUUUCUCGCGUGUAAUGGUGGUUAUUUUCGAAUCACCGCACAACGGCCGCUAUCAUUGUUCUUGCCUAACGGUGGAGUUGUUUCUCGGCGUGAAUAUCUUGCGGAUCUUCGUUGCACGUGAUCAUUCCCUUUCAUCCGUUUGCAGACAUUUCAUGUUGCGUAAUGUCCGGCACCGCGUCUUAUUUUUUUUUUCCGACUGAUGAUGCACCUGUCGGGUCGAAAAAUUAGAGUGAGAAGAGUGACAUUUAAGUUAUGUGUUUUUAAGCGAGUGUGCCGCGCGAUUAACUCAUUCAAGCAAUUCCGGAGUAUAAUGUUGUAAGUUAGUGAGAUGUUUAAGGAUAAAUUCCACGACGUAUUUUAACGUUACGACUGUAUAAAUUAGACUAGUACGAUCGUUUCCAUGGUUUCUCGAUUACGAGGACGUGUCACCUCUCCCAACACACUUUUUCCAUUGCGAAUUCAGGCAAGCGUGAUUUUAAUAGGAUCGUCGGAAUACAUUACUCAGUGAUUUUUCGAUACAUACAACGACACAUACGACUGCUUCGUUUGCUGCGAUCUAAGCAACUGUAUUUUUUUUUUUUUAAAUAAUUUUUGCUAACAAACGUUGAUGAUACAGGUACAAAUCAUGCGACAUUUUUAUUUUCUGAACUUUCGACAUUAAAAAAGGGAAAUUUAAUGUCGCCUGGCUGACAAUUUUUAUUCCGAUUUUUCUCAGAAUUUCACAGAUACCCAGCCCUCUGGAUACUUUUUAUAUUUAAGUGAUCGAGUUUUAUAAGCAUUAUUACUUUUCUUUGGUACAGAGACCAUGUAAUAUUGUAGAAGAUAUAUAUAAGAGCAUGACAAAACAAAAAUAUUCCUCAUUCGCAAUCAUGUAGAUUUCAUAUUUGUAACUCAGGUUUUUCUCCUUUUCUUCAACCAUUAGACUUUUUGUUUUCUGACGUAUUACAUUUUAAAAUUUCUUACUAAUUUAAGCUAAUUGCUUAUUUUUAUUAUAAAAUUUGGGACAAGAUUGUGAAUACCAUUUUUGUCUGUAACAUGUCCUUGUGUAUAACAGUGCGAAAAUUAUGCGUAAUUAACUUGGCAAAUAUAGCAAAGAAAAUGAAAUUAUUAAUAACAAACUAGCACAUCGCGACAAAGAGUGUUAAUUUCACAGUCCGUUCCAUAGGCAAGUGGUAGUUUAGAUAUAUAAAAGGGAAACAUCUCGACAUAUAGAAACCAAAUAUUACUCACUGAGAAAGUAUGUUUUUUUCUCAUGUGUGCUGAUAACAUCGAUGUAUUAUAUACUUCUCGAAUAAAUAAGCAUCUAAAUUGUAGAAAUUUGACAAGAUUUCUGUUUGUCUUUGUUAAUUGCUGUGGCUUAAGCCAAGAGCUCACACUUCAGGUACCUCAAUUAUAUUAAUCAAUCGCAACUUAAAUUGUAUUCAAAGCUUAAUAAAAAUAUGUCAGCGAUUAUUUUGAAAAUAAGUUUGAGAUCUUUUCCUGAAUAUAAUAUGAGAUAAUGAAGAUUUUAAGCUGCGAUGUGAUCAUCGAUUAAUUUAACUAAUUCAAAUCGAAAUAAAGAGAUAUGCUUACUGUUAUAAUCACUAUUAAUUAGAUUACUUGUUGAUUAUUCAUCUGUGAUGUCCUCUUUGUUUGAAAAUUAAUAAAACGUUUUGUUAUGUAAA